GCAACGUUACAACCGCAUCAAAUACGAUGGGAGUUAAUGGUCUUACAACAUUCAUUUCUAACAAUCGAAGAUUUAUGGAAACAUAUAGGCUGCACGAUACAUUUGUAAUUAUCGAUGGAAACAGUUUAUCAUUUCAACUAUUCUGUAAGCAUGGUAUUAAAGAAUGUUUGGCUUUUGGUGGUGACUAUGACAGAUACGCACAACAUAUUGAAGUUUUUUUUCGAAUGCUUUCAAAGUGCAAUGUGAAAUCCGUUGUGGUAUUUGAUGGUGGAUGUGAGGAGAAAAAAUUGAAAACCGUUUUAAGAAGAGUGAAAGAUAGAACUAGUCAACUGAAACGUGUAUUGCCUACUUCUAGAGGAACUCCACGCGUGUUUCCUCGCCUCAUGUCGCGUGUAUUCCGAGAGGUUUUAUUGGAAAUUGGUGUGCCAAUAGUUCAAUGUGAUUUCGAGGCAGACCAGGAGAUAGCAGCGUUGGGCAUCAAGUACAACUGCCCCAUCCUUAGCUUUGACUCUGACUACUUCAUUUCCGGUGUACAGUACAUACCACUACCUACAAUCGGCCACAAGGCUGUACCUUUUCGCAAUCAAUCUCAAACAACCACAUCCAACCAGUUUUUUAUCUACUGCAAAAUUUUCAAAGUUGGAAAUUUACUCAAGUGUUAUCGAGGACUAAAAAUUUCCAUGUUACCUCUACUAUCAGCACUGAUUGGAAAUGACUAUGUGGAUUAUAGUUUCUUCGAGAAUUUCUAUUCGCAACUCAAUAUAGGAGAAAGUUACCCAUCAGAUUUAAGAAUUGCUAGAGUGCUUGAAUGGCUUAGUGGCUUCGAUAGUUUCGAUUCUGCUCUUCAAUCGAUUCUCAGAACUAAAGCAAGGAGUAAUCAAAGUUUCGUUUCUAAGAAAAUAGAAGAAACGAUAGAGAGUUACAACUGUAAAUUCUUAACAGUGGAAAAAUACCUGCCUUCGAUAUGCACUGAUCGUCUAUCAAAACCUGAUAUUUUUAGCAUGGGAAGAAAGCAAGUGCAUGGGAAUGUACAGAAGAUGUCUCAGGUAAAGUCCGCUAUCAACUUUCCGGAUUGGCUUCUGAAUAAUUGUAGAAAAGGGUUGGUCAACAGCACUGUAAUAGACAUCUUAACUUUGGAAACAUGUAUCUCAAAACCUCAGGUUGAGGAUUUAUCGCUCAAGCCCUGUCAUGAAGUAGGUAUCCCGUUGAUACGAGCUCUUAUUAAAAUAAUUCAUGGUGAGAGAAAAGUAACUGUCAACUACUGGGCCAGAAAAGAGAACACUACAAUUGAAAACUAUUGCUUAGAACCAUUAAAUAUUGAUAUUCCCAAUUUAGAAAAUUUACUUGAUCUUUCACUCGAAUAUAAAAGGAGCAUAUUAUUGAGACUAUUAAAUGUCCCUGCUGACUUUAAUACUGAUAUUUUCCCUGAAGAGUGGAAACUUUAUCUGUGUACAAUUUUAUAUUGGAUGAAAAAUACUACUAUUCCUUUGAUUAUUGAAGCUCAUGUUGAGGCAUUGAUUCUUUGUCUGAUAGCUCUCAACAUCAUUGAUGGAAAUUUAGGGUUUAUACGUAAUUGGAGCCAGUUUCUCAGAAGCUAUGGGGUGAAGUUGAAUAGUCAAACCAUCAGCCCGAUGAAAUCUUAUCACAAGUUUAGGGAUAUAUUAUUUGAUGUUGAUGAGCUAGACUGCAUUGCGUGGUUUGAAUCACUGUUCAAAUUUCACAGUCUAAACAAAGAUUUAAAAUCAGACCCGAGUCUAUUCUCUAGUUCUACUAUCCAUGCUUUUGCACAAUUUCAAAUUUGCUUACAUUACUCCAUGAUGAUCAAUGCCAUUCUGAAUUUUCCGUUCAAGCAAUGCAUAAUCCAUAGACUGUUUUCUGGGACAUUUAUUUAUAAUGUUUUUUCAACAUUGGUUGGGAAUGCCGAAAAAGUUUUUCAAGAGCUGCUUGGUAAAUCACCAAAACUAUUUGAAGUGUUCAAAACUUUAGUUUCGGAGAUACUCGAGUGUAAGUCUGCUGCUGCAUCACCAAUGGCUGCUCCCUCUAAAAAAUCUAGAAAAAAACGUAAAGGUAAAGGAAACAAGAAAAUAAAUCAAUUGAACAAAUGAUGAUUCUGUGAAAAUGAAUCAAAUUCUUUUUCUAUUUCAUGUUAUAUGUUAUAGUCAAGUAGAAAAUGUAUAAUAUGUUAUACCAAUUUUUAUUUUUAUAACGAUGUAUUAUUUUUUAAUGAACUGAAGUUUAUGUUGAUUAUGCAUUUUUAUAAAUUACUUUUAUAAUAAAAGUAUUGGUAUUGGUAUAAAGUAACUUGGUAUUCCAAGUAUGAGUCUCUGAGUGGUGGGAAUAAUUCUCAAUAAUGAGAGAUAAGGGGAGUCUCAUAAUUUGACAAAAAAAUAGUGGAACCACUUAGGAAUCAACCUCGUCAUUUUACUCUUGAAAUUGGGUUAUUAUUUUAUUCAAUGAUUUUAUCUGUUACAAUCGAGUGAAAAAUUAUUGAUACUAACUUGAUGAAUUUUCAUUUUUAAAUACCAGUAAGUUAGUAAUAAAUGGUGUUGAACUCAUAUUAAUUCACAUAUGCCGGGAUUAUGAUAAGCAUCAACAUCUUAUUUGCAAUUACAGUAUAUCUAUAACUAAAUAUUUAAUAUUUUUCUUGCAAGCAGAAUAAUAAUAUUAUUCACUAAUUAACAUAAAGUUUUGUUUGUGAAAACUCUACAUAAAAACAACAUUGUAUACUAUUACAACCAGAUGAAGACCAAGCAGCGGCAUGCAAGGCCAGUUUUAGCUCAUUCAUAUUUGUUUACAAUUCAUUUACACAAGUAAGGAGCUGGCUAGUAUGUGUGGCAUUUAAUAUGUUUGAUAAACUUGAAUAUAAAUAGAAAAAUGUUUUCUUCAAAAUAUAUUGUUUUUUUUAAACUUUCAACAAUUUUUAUCUUUUGUACUAUUGAUGAUGAUAAUGAUGUUAUCCCAUCAUCAUAUUUUUCCAUGUGUGCUAUAUUUUUUUCGAAUAAAUUUACCAUUUUCUAUCAAAUCA